UCUCAACCAACUGGUUUUCAGCCACGCUUUCGUGUGGAAAAAUCUCGACUUUAAAAAAAUGGAAACUUAAGUUCUCUCUCUCUCUCUCUCUCUCUCUCUCUCUCUCUCUCUUUCUUAACCACUACAGCAACAUUGACCCUUAAUUCAUUUAACUCUUUGUUGACAUAUUCCCAGUAUCUUCUCUCCAAUCCAUUAUUUUUCCCCUUUUCAUUCUCUUUUACUCUCCAUUUUCUUCUGCUUAAUUGCUUUGGAUUCCCACAUCAAGUGGCUGUGCGCCUGAGAAAACAUAUAAACACAAGGCAUCAUCGUCUGUCGUCUCCCACCAUGUGUAUACAGGACGCAGAGGAGGUUAACCAAGAAUUAAUGGAUGAGCUAAGGGACAGCACCACCAGCAGUAGCAGCAGCAACGACAAGAACAAUAAUAAAAAGCCCUGGCCUUUACAUUGUGCUCAAGUCUUGGGUACCCAGAUGGACAACUGGGAUAAGGAGUCUCCUUCCUUGAGUUCCAGGGACCGGAUCACUGUAGGAAACUCGUUUCCUCUUGAAAGCAUCUGCGAGGAUACAGUUGUUUUGGACAGAAAGCAGAACAUAGUGACGGAUUUCGCUCCUGCCUUGCGUUCAGGAGAGUGUUCUGACAUUGGAGGGCGUAAUUCUAUGGAGGAUACUCACAUAUGUAUCAGUGACUUGGCUAAGAAAUUUGGCUAUAACCUGCAUAGUGAGGAGAAAGUUUCGUUUUAUGGUGUAUUUGAUGGACACGGAGGAAAGGAUGCAGCAUAUUUCGUUCGUGACUAUUUGCCAAGAGUAAUUGUGGAGGAUGCUGAUUUUCCUUUAAAACUUGAGAAAGUAGUUACAAGAUCAUUUAUGGAGACUGAUGCUGCAUUUGCACAGUCAUCCACUCUUGAUUGUGCCCUAUCCUCUGGCACAACUGCACUCACUGCAAUGAUAUUUGGGAGGUCUUUACUCGUGGCAAAUGCUGGAGAUUGUCGGGCAGUACUGUCACGACGUGGAGUAGCCAUGGAAAUGUCAGAGGAUCAUAGGACUUGUUGUCCAAAAGAAAGAACACGGAUAGAGUCUCUUGGGGGAUAUGUUUACGAUGGUUAUCUAAACGGUCAAUUAGCUGUCACCCGAGCCUUGGGCGAUUGGCACCUUGAAGGAAUGAAGGAAAUGAGCGAAAGGGGUGGACCCUUGAGUGCUGAACCAGAACUCAAACUGAUAUCACUAACAAAUGAAGACGAAUUUCUUAUCAUCGGUAGUGAUGGAAUAUGGGAUGUUUUCACCAGCCAAAACGCUGUUGAUUUUGCACGAAGGAGACUUCAAGAACACAACGACGUAAAAUUAUGCUGCAAGCAGAUAGUAGAUGAAGCAAUAAAGCGCGGAGCCAUGGACAAUUUGACUGUUGUAAUGGUGAGUUUUCACCAGGAGCCUCCUCCCCAAAUAGUGGUACAGAGACCCAGUGUGAGAAGAAGCAUUUCUGCUGAGGGACUUCAGAAUCUGAAAUCCCUGCUAGAGGGAUAAAACCCAGGUCAUAAUUUUGAAUUUCAUUGCUUCAACAGGCUAUAAUAUAGAACUAGUCAAUAAAAAUGGUUGACCCAUUUUGGCAAGUCCUGAAAUUGGGUGUAUAUAAAUUCAUCAGGGUAUAUAGACAUUCCCCUUUUCUAUUUCCUCCCGUUAGUGGUGCAUCAUUCAGGAAAGAGAAUUUAGGCUGAGAAAAAGAGAGAACAGAUAAUCUUGUGGAGAAUAAUUCAGCAAAACAAUAUUCUGAAAUUCUUUUGAUCUCUUCCUCGGUGACUUUGGCAUCUGAGGAGCCCAAGGGGGCUGAUUGGUGUAGGACUUUCGUAUUAUAUAUGUUAUAUAGAAUUUGAUUUGUGCAAAGACACAAAAUUUAGAGAAUGAUGUACCAUCUUUUCUUAUCCAAGAAAGUUCUUAUAUAAUUCUUUCAGCUCUGCCUCUGAUUAUUGCUUCUUA